CCACCAACCCGCACCGCCACAACAGCUGGGCGAGGAUUUCCGACCCAGUCACAGCGAAGAUGGUGGCAGCUACAGGAGUGGAGAUAUUACGUUCAGCCGGAUAAGAAGGAAAAGCUGCCGCGAAACUCCCGCAGUGGAUCUGUUUUUUAUUUAGCCCCCCAACUCAGCAGAGAGCUAUAUCAGGGGAAAAGGGAGGCAACCAGCGGCGGACGGAAGGGGACGCACCGCGGCCAGAACGCACAGUGUUGUGUUUGUUAUCCAGACCUAAGGAAUUGGUUAAGACUAGGAUAUAGUACUAUUCUAUUUGAGGGAAGUCUUUAUUGACAAUCCAACCGAGGAGCUAUCCAGAGGAUCUCCUUCAUUGCUCUGGGAAUUUUCUACUCUCUUUGCUCUGGGGGGAAAUGCAAGGGGAGGAAAUCCAGCCUCAGCUCCAAAUAACCAGAUACUCCUAACUGGGUCUCCUCUCCAAACGCAGGAAAUACGGCCUGGGAAAAAAAAAAAGUUUGGGAGCUUUUGGAAGCAGAGGGGGCCUACCGCUGACGUUUUGCAUGCGUUUUACGACAUGGAUUUCAAGUAGCCUACUACGUUUUUCUUUAACAUUAAGCGCUUCCACAGACUAAGUGGAUAGGAGCUUUCAAAUGUUACACUCCUUCGGUGCGGUUUUUGCAAGAGUUUUGAUCGUCUCUAUUUAUAGACCAGCCUGUUCCGACCGAGGCUGUUCCUCAUAGCUGUAUAUGUUGCCAACUGCGCGCAACAAGUUGCAGACACUCCCAGCAGAGGCAAACCUACACUAAUUCGGGACAGCGGAUGGUAUUUUCUGCGCUUCUCUUUUCGGAUUACGCGUCUUUGAAUAGCGCAGACCCCUGCCCGACCCCCUCUUUGGAAAGCAGAGUGGAAUAAACUGUAGAAUCCGGAGAGGUAGUUCAGGAAAGGACGGGGCUGGAUCUGUGGGAAUAGGCCUGCCUGUCAGGCCUCUUAUGAUCCGGAUCUUGGACUGGACAGGACUCCAAAAUAACUCACUCGGGACUAUUUUAAUGGGCCCUCUGGAAUACAUCUGAAAGGAGAAUGUCUAUGGAUAAGGAAUGCAAAUCCUUAGCACGCUGAGGCAUACAUGGGGAGUGUUGUAGUGGAAGGUAAAGCCGUCUUAAUCACACAUCACCCACUUUUUAUAAUUAACACAAUGUUAAAUUGCUAACAUUUUAAGCUGGCAUUAUUUGUGUAUGUUAAACCUUCACUGCAUAGACUACACCACUUUAUGUGAAACGAUAAUAGUCUUUUAGAUGAAAACUGAUAAUUUUCUUUAAAGAAUAUAUGUUUUUUUUACAGUUUUGAUGCUGUAUAGUGAAAACUAAUUUGAACGCUACCUACUGGCUGUUCAUAACCCCACAAUUUGUUAGGUGCUUUAAGAAGGGAAAUAAAGUGUACAUGUGCCAUUCGUCGCGCAUGUUGUGCAGAUAAGAGGGACAGUGUAACUUUUGCUGUGCACAGCUGUUGACAGCCUGUAUCUGCUCAUACAGAUCUGGACCUGAGCUCUGUUUCCACGCAGACAACGUUAUUUUGGAAUGAAGAAACAAUCUGGGUAUUUCUUCUGACGCUGUCUGACUUUGUAAUGUCAGCAGCAUCGACACAUUACGCACAUCCAGAGGAGGUCAUUUCCAGUCAUGUAACGUCAGGACCGACUUGAUGUAGGCAUACAAAAUCCGUUGCAUCACCAACCAGUCCUUUUCGAGAAGGAUGUUCAGUUCAGAAGGCAGAAAGAGUGAUGACAUUGUUUUUACCGCAGCUGGAGAGAAAGCCGGGCUCAAACCCAGAGCCUCUUUGGAGAAGGAUACGUGUAAUGUGAGUACUGACGCAAACCCGGGGCUGGAUAAUGAACUGCUCAAGAAACUGGAACGGCGCGUUUUGUGUGAGUGAGUGUGCAGGCUGCUGUUUGCGUAGCAAAGACGUCUGUGCUGUGAUCACCAUCCAUGCACUGUGAUUAUUCCACCAAACACCUUUGCUCUCUCCCUCCUGUCUGCCUGUCACUCUCUUCCUCCUCCCUGCCAUAUGUGCACUCACGCGUCUAAUUGCCUGAGGCCCAUCAUAAGACAUUAUUAAUAUUUAACACCUCUCCCGCGCCCAUCGUUUCCUCGCCACAGCAGUCAAUAUGGCCACUCUGCAACAUCACCGGCAGCUUCCCAGGCAUGGCACGGAAGUGAGCUGCGACUCUAGCGGAGAUGGCGCGGUGACCGUGCGGAUUUCCAACAGCGCGCCACACGUGCAUCAACAUGAGCCCCUGAAGGCUGCCAGCAGUGGAGCAGGGGGAGGAGGAGCUGGAGGCCAUGGGGCUGUGAGUAAAAUGAACCCUAACCCCCACAAAUACAGUAUCUCCUCCAGCUGCAGCUCAGCAGACUCCAGACCAGCUGGGACUUCCACUGCCAGGGAGCAGAGGAAGGCCCCUCCUCUGUUCGAGCGCUCUGCAGCUCAGUGCUGGGACCCCAAAUUUGACUCCCCCAUCUUGGAAGACGCUUGCCAAGAGAGGUGCUUUCCUCAGACACAGCGGCGCUUUCGUUAUGUCCUGUUCUACCUGGCGGUGGCAGCUGUACUCUGGGGGAUCUACUUUGGGGUCAAUAGUGACCGCUGUCACCCCAUGACCUUCCUAGCCCCCACUGCCGCCUUUUUAGUUGUCCUAGUGAUCCUAUUUGUGUUCACCCUAACCCAGCCCUACACAUGGCUGUACAACCAAACCUCCUUGUUCCUGAUCGCAGUCACCUUUGCCAUCACCUUAGCUCCACAGGUACAGACCGCCGGCUACACUGAGCUGGAGGGGGCUGGCAGGGGGAACUCCUCACAUCCCUCACCUGACAGAGCCCUUCCAACAGCUUGCAUCUCCCCCGUGGGCACCUUUUCCCUGUGCAUGGAGGUUUUGUUGUUGUUAUACAGCGUCCUCCAUGUGCGUCUGUAUGCCUCAGUGAUAUUGGGGCUCCUGUACUCUAUAUUAUUUGAGGCAUUAGAAUGGCUGCCAUUGCUUCAAAGGAGUUAUGACUCUACUGGAUGGGGGACAGGGUUAGAGGGUUCAGGUUCGCAUAGGGAAGGAGACACCCUCCGUUGGCUGGGCCCGGCCAAAGCUCUGCUCCACUUGUGUGCCCAUGUCAUUGGCAUCCACCUGUUCAUCAUGUCGGAGGUGCGUUCCCGCAGCACCUUCCUCAAAGUGGGCCAGGCUAUCAUGCAUGGCAAAGACUUAGAGGUGGAGAAGGCCUUGAAGGAGCGUAUGAUCCACUCUGUGAUGCCGCAGCAGGUUGCAGAUGAGUUGAUGAAGCAAGGCGAUGAUGAGGGUGGUGGCGAGAACUCUGGCAAGCGUUAUUCCUCAGGUGCCUGCUCCGCUUCAGCCGUCUCAGUGGGUGGUGGAGGAGGCGGUGGAGCUUCACAAGCCCAAAGUGCCACAAGCACAAAGAACUACGCUUACAACAAUCACAAACGCAAGAAGACCUCCAUCCCCCGGGGACAGAUCAUCUUCCGGCCGUUCAACAUGAAACGCAUGGAGCCUGUGAGCAUCCUCUUUGCGGACAUUGUGGGUUUCACUAGAAUGUCCGCCAAUAAGUCAGCACCAGCGUUGGUUGGCCUUCUCAAUGAUCUGUUUGGACGUUUUGACCGGCUCUGUGAGCUCACCUGUUGUGAGAAGAUCAGCACACUGGGAGAUUGCUAUUACUGUGUCGCUGGCUGCCCUGAGCCCCGUCCAGAUCAUGCCAACUGCUGUGUGGAGAUGGGCUUGGGCAUGAUCCAAGCCAUCGAGCAGUUCUGCCAGGAGACGUGCGAGACGGUCAACAUGCGUGUCGGCGUCCAUACUGGCACCGUGCUGUGUGGGAUCCUGGGCAUGAAGCGCUUCAAGUUUGAUGUGUGGUCCAAUGAUGUCAACCUGGCCAACUUGAUGGAGCAGCUGGGCGUGGCGGGCAAGGUCCACCUGUCAGAAGCUACGGUUCGAUUCCUGGAUGACCAUUACCAGAGGGAGGAUGGACGGGUGGCGGAGAGAGCCGGGGAGAGUGUGGUGGAGAAACUGAAGGGGCUGAAAACCUACCUGAUCUCAGGAAGGAAGGUGGAGCUGGACGCUCAGUGUGUCUGUCCUCAGGUGGGACUGUCAGGUGGAGAGAUGGGUGGGGUCGGCCUGUCCUCCUGUCCUCAGCCCGGCACACCGGACCUCAUCCCCGGGGGUCCGCAGGCUGCUGAGCCCCCGCUGCGCCACCAACCCCUGGACAGGAUCAGGCCUCCCUGUGUGUCCCGCAGUGUGGCCUUGUCUCCGGGGGCAGAGCAGGGAGAAGAUGUGGCCGUGCUGAACGGCUGCCAGGAGGAGCACAAGAGCAGCAGUGCCAAAUUCACCCCAGGUCAGAGCCCCCGAGCAGCCAACGGUCUCCUGAGUCCGCCCCCGCUGGAGGACCCGGUGCGAGCCAGCCAGAGCUCCCUGUGCGACAUGCUCCAGGAGAAAGAGAAGAAGACGAGCACGAGCACAGGCACCGGCACCAGUCUGGGCAUGGCGGGCGGCGGGGGGGCAGCGGGAACGGGGAUGGAACACUCCGCUCUGAUCCAGCUGCGGGCAAAGAACUUCAGAGAAAAGAGCGACGUUCACUUUGUGGAUGUUAUCAGGGAGGACAGUCUGAUGAAGGACUACUUCUUCAAGCCACCCAUCAAUAAGAUCAGCCUCAAUUUCCUAGAAAGACCUCUGGAAAAGGCCUAUCGCAGCAGCUACAAGGAGGAGGUGAAGGACCAGGUCCAGAUGCAGACAUUUGCGAGCUCCACCUUCAGCUCCUUCCUGGAUGUUCUCCUCAGCUGUUUUUUCUUUUUGGCUCUGACUCUGGCCUGCUUCCUUCCCCCUCUGGUGAGCCCGAAGAUCGUGGGCCCCCCGGCCCCUGCUGCCCUGGCCGUGGCCCCCCUGGCUGGCCUGUUGGAGCUGGCCUCCCUGGUGCUGUCCAUACGUAUGGCCUUCUAUCUGGAGGAGGUGAUGAGCUGUACCCGCUCUCUGCUCCUGGUGGUCUCUGGAUGGGUCCCCCGUCAUGUGAUCGGGGCGGUGUUGGUCUCCCUCCCUGCCAUCUCUGUCUUGUCCCACCUCAGCUGCAGCGUCCACUUGCCGCUCCAGGUGACCAUGUUCCUGUGCUGCGCCACCAUCCUGGCCAUCAUCCAGUACUGUAACUUCUGUCAGCUCAGUUUCUGGAUGCGCUCCGUCCUGGCCACUGUGACGGGGGUCGCCCUGCUGCUGCUGCUGUACUGCCCCGCACACAGCGGCGGUAAUAACAGCUCGCCAGUUCAUGGAUUGAAUAUCUCUUCAUCCACUGUUGGCACUCCUGGCCCGGCACCUCCUAGGCGACCUCUUGACCUCCUGAUCCCAGAGGCCGUCCUGGCAUUCUUCCUGCUUCUUCUCCUGGUCUGGUUCCUCAACCGCGAGUUCGAGGUCAGCUACCGUCUACAUUACCAUGGCAACGUAGAGGCUGACAAACACCGCUUUAAGAUCCAGACGAUGCAAGACCAGGCCGAGUGGUUACUGGGCAACAUCAUCCCCAUCCAUGUGGCUGACCAGCUCAAGGUGACCCAGAGCUACUCCAAGAAUCACGACAGCGUAGGCGUGAUCUUUGCCAGUAUCGUAAACUUCAGUGAGUUCUAUGAGGAGAGCUACGAGGGCGGAAAAGAGUGCUACCGUGUCCUCAACGAGCUAAUCGGAGACUUUGACGAGCUCCUUCGCAAACCCGAAUUCAAAAGCGUGGAAAAGAUCAAGACCAUCGGGGCCACCUACAUGGCAGCAUCGGGGCUGAAUGUCCGGGAGUUGGCUGAGAAUGACAACGAGUCCAUCCACGCGCACCUGCGGGAACUUUUCAACUUUGCCCUGGAGAUGAUGGGCGUCCUGGACGACUUCAACAAGAACAUGCUGGGUUUUGGUUUCAAGCUCCGUAUCGGGUUGAACCACGGCCCUCUGACGGCGGGGGUGAUUGGCACCACUAAGCUGCUCUAUGACAUCUGGGGGGACACGGUGAACAUAGCCAGCCGCAUGGACUCCACAGGAGUGGAGUGUCGGGUGCAGGUGAGCGAGGAGAGCCACACUGUGCUCAGCGCCAUGUGCCUCGACUUUGACUAUAGAGGCACAGUGAAUGUUAAGGGAAAAGGUCAAAUGAGGACCUUCCUGUACCCCAAAAGUGGGGAAAAUAUAAAUCAAGAUCAUACAGACCUGGGCGACGGUCCCUCAUCCGUGGCACCAACAGCCAAUAAGACUUCAGGAUCUGUUGCCCAGGCAGCGGCUCUUCCUCCCUCUUCUUUUAAUCCUCCGUCCUCCUCUCUUUCUACACUCCCUCCUCAACCACAAAGGCCUUCAACAGCAGGACCUGAGUAUGAGCCCACAGAGGAGAGGGAGGAGGGGUAUAGGGACCCUCCACAUCUUCCUGGGCAGCCCCCUGCCGCAGACAGCCCCCUCCCUCCCCACUCUGAACUGGACUCAGUGCCCUCCUGGGUGCAACCUGCUCCUCUCGCGAUUCAAGAGGAGGAGGAUGAAGAGAUGGAGGCCAACGAGCUAACAAAACUCAACGAGGAGUUUUAUGCUCGACUCUGAUCUGUCCUCUCCACUUUCCCUGUCUUCUGCCCCCCCCCCCCCCCCCCCCCCCCCCCCCCCCGAUGCCCACAGCUGCUGGCGCUACAGGACCGAUGGCAGGUGCGGGCAGGUGAAGUGUCUUGGGCACGGAUGAAGGAGAGGGAAAUGAACACUAACAGUGGCUACAGUUGCUAUACUGCUAGCUACUCAUGUCGUUCCUGGAAAAUGUUGCCUGAGUGCUGGGGAGGGCAGCCCUGUGUUGAACACAGCAGUGUUACGGGGAGAAGGCUGAAUGGGCGUCAGAGAAACAAAAGUUCAUUUGUUUUGUUCUAGAUGUUUUUGUCUUAUUCAUUUUUGCUAUUAAGUGCCUUCAGGACUAGAUCAGUGAACGAACAAAUAUGAAUACCGAACAAAGUUUUAACAACUUUAGACUACGGAACAUGAUUUCUUACUCCAUGCUUUUAUUUUCAAUGCAAGUAUUUCUUAAACAAUAUUGUUGUGCCAUAUCAGUUGUUGAAACUUGAUCAAACUCUUGACCUUUCUAAAGGGAAAUUAUUUUAGUUUCUAUGUAAGUGCCAGUGCAUUAUGAUGGGCUGAGCAGGGAACUAUGGGAAGAAUGAGGGAAUCACAUGAAGCAGUGUUAAUUUAUGCUCUGCGAUGACAUGAGGGCUUUCUACAGUAUUCAUUUGUGCUAGAGUUUAGGUAAAAGGGGACAUGCUACAAGCAGGCUGCAUAGGUUUUAGUUUGUGUUGCGGCUAAAUGCAACUUUUUAAGCACAGGUCUUGCACAGUGUUUUCUCGACGACUUGUAUUUGGUAGCUAUUGUCGUGAAAUAGCUUAUACGAGUAUUUCAACAGAGUCCAUCACAAUGAGUACAAUCAAAAGCACAAAAUCAAAUCAGAUAAGGGAAUAUACAUUUGGAGGAAAGUUUUUAUUUUUAAACUGAAAUCAUCACAAAAGCAGGAAGGCACUUUACCUAAAGUGAUACUCCACCCAAGAUUCAAAGUGUUCUGAGUAAUUUUCUUAUUAACAAAAAGCAAACAAGUGAAAGAACCAUACUCGAACAUCUCCUAAUCAUUUCUGACUUACCUAACGUAUAGGUCACAAUCCCUAAAACUGGGCACUGUAGAUAGUAAAGCAAAAACAGGAGGAGAGAAGGAUGGGGAAUGACAUUUAAGAAAGGUUCGUUAGGGUUCAACACUCCCUAGGCGAGGGAGUAAAAGCCCCUGGGGGCUGUAGUUCUUAGCAAAUGUUUCUCAAAUCAGAGUAAAUACUGCAUUUGUUCGGGACUGUAUUCAGCUGUGGGCUAGUGAGUAUUUACAGCAGCAGGACAGUGUAUGUGGGCUAACUAAAGAGCCUGUUUUUGUUGUAAUGAAGGAACAUUGCGGCUAAUAAAUGUGUUGUUAUGUGUUUACUAGUUUUUGGACAACAACAUAGCUCUAAGGCUACAUUGAUUCAGAACAACUUUCCCUUUAAAGCCAACAGUGGGUUGAGAGUUUGACACUCAAAAGAUCUUGCGUGGAGUAUCACUUGUAGUGAGGGACAAUCACUGUUCUUGAUAUGAUAAUAAAAGUGUCAAAGCACAGAUCUACUACAGUUUCUGCAGUGCUGCGUUUGAAACCUCACACUCAAAUUGAGUUCCAUUGGUUGCCUUCAUGGCCAGAAGAAAACAUUGGUCAGUCCAUCACUAUAGAUAUAUUCAAUAGUUAAGUAUUCUCUGCCUGUGUGGGACUUUUUUCUUGUCACAGCCUUUAUACGGAGGGGGCCCUCUACUGUAUCAAUAUACUUAAAUUGUGCCACUUUAAUUGAGUGAUCUAUAGGUGCAGUGCAACCUAAACUAGCUGAAUGUUUUGUGGUGCCUACAAAGUAUGACUGUAUUUUUGGAGUAUUUUGGUUUUCAGAAAGUUUUCUAUCAUGCUGUUUUCAUACUGACAAUAGAUUAUGAUUGUAUGUUUGAGAAAAGUAUGCAUCUUUCUGUGCAGGUUUAGCUUUUUUGUAAAAUUCCAUCCUUUUUUCUUUUUCUUGCUGUUUUCCAGUUUCUUUAAUUAUCUGAUUAACCGGUCGCCUUGAAUAGUGCAGUGUUAGUGUUCUCAUUGAACUGCUGGCAUCUCUGUAGUUCACUUUGCUCUUUUACUCACUUCAUGCUUCUUUCUUUACUCCUUUAAGCACUUGUUUCCCCUCACACUUUGCGUGUAUGUUUGUGAGAAAGAUAUUUCAUUUCUUAUCCAAGUCAAUCACAUGUUGAAGAUCACUGCAAUAUGAUGCAAAAACCAAAUCAAUCACUAACAUGGCCGCUGUUAAACAUUUAGCUGUUGCUGCCUAAUAUGUAAACAAAUUACACAAACAAUGUUGCAUUAAAAAAAAGCCAUGAAGUUUGUCCUCUGCAAACCAUAUCGACAUAUAAACAUUUGGGCUAAAGUAUCUUGCCAUCUGUAGCAUGAAAAUAAUCUUAGCUUACCUCUGCCAUUAAUCAUACUUGUGCCUUUGUUUUAGUAAUAUCUUUAAUCAUAGUUUGAGAGCUGUGAUUAUUUGUAUCAAAUAAUCAAGAAGACCCAAGGAGCUUAAAUACCCUGAAAAUCCAAAGAAGUAAAGACACAAAAAUAGCUACACAAGAUAUUUUCUAACAUGCACAUCUCUCAUUGUAAUCACCUCUUAUACAUAUUCUUAACACGCUCAAGUUUGCCAAACCCAAUAAACCAGACCACAGAAAAUUAUUUAAACAGAUGAUGAUAUAAGGUAUCUGUUUUUAAGAAAAAUCAAUCCUUGGUGUCAUUUAGCCAUAGCGUACACAGCAGUAACAGAAACAAGUCAUGAUUCAAGGAGUGGGGCUCCACAGGGCACAACACCCCUCCAGUAGCGCACAUCUGUACACGUAUGAAUAAAAUAUUAAAGUGAACACUACCGGCUCUGUGAUCUGUGACACAGUUCGGCGGCGAGAAGUGAGUGCGAUUUUGAAUGCAUGGAAACAAGUUUUCUUUUUUUGCCAGAAGACACUAUAAUUUUCUUUGUGACUCUGCAACAUACUAUCGUCUAUUUUGUCAUUUUCAUUCUUUCUCAAAUUAUGUUGAUCAUUAAGAAUGUAUUGGCUACACGCAGGAUCCUCCAAAUCACUACGCUUUGCUCAUUUUAGGUAACUUGGAUUUUAUUAUUUUCUGACAGUUGGUUAUUAGAUGAUGUGUAUGAAAAGAUUUUUUUUAGUUUAAGCAGAAGAAAAAAAGUGUCCUUUGAUGUCCAGCAUUUUAAAAUGCAAGAAAACAAAGCCAAGUGCAUUUAGUCGUCCUUUGUUGAAGAAAUGCAAUUUUGCUUUGUUAAAAAAUAAUGAAGGGAGAUUGUGUCAGUUGCACUUGGUAUAAUCAUAACAGCCAAAUAACAUUGCCUAAUCACUCAUUUAAAUGGUGACUUUUCCACAUCUUUUCAUUAUAAAUUCAUCCCUGAUGUGUUUUUUAAUUACACUGGGACGGAAAUAAGUCUUUUGAUCGGAAAACGUUGUGUAUUUGUUUUUAUGUCCAUGAAUGAGAUUAUUCAGAAAAAAAUGAGAGUAUUAUGUAUGUUUUGUGCACAUUACCCAUGUAUCAUUUAUCACCACAUGAUCGUAAUUUGUACACAUUUGCACAAAGCACUCAGUGUUUGUACAUAUGCAGUUAUUUUAUGUCACAUAUGAUUUUUUUUUUAUACUUGUGCAUGUGUCAGAUUUUGCCAGAAAAACAAUGAAAAAGCGACACGUAUUAUAAAAAUUGAUUGAAUUUUU